UCCUUGUCAGCGGUAUGUUCGUCAUUCUUUUUUGAUGAAAACUCAUUAUCAUAUGAAAGCAGGCCUGAUCUGAAAGAAUGGGCAUCAGGACUCGCUUUGAAGAAGAGGCUAAAGAUAAUGCCACACCGCUGAUAAGGAGCCAAAAUGACCCCGGGCGCGAGAUUAAAAUUACCCUUUGGCCAGCUGCGACUGGGAACGAGACUAUCUAUCGAAACCGAAACGAACUACGCAAGCAAGAAUCUUGUGCAGUGUAAGCAUAUUGUGGCUUUGGUUUCUAACCCAUACCUACGGUUUCCAUUCUUUUUAAGUUCUAGUUCAGCUGCUUUAUUUCGCACUAAACGGAGGAGUUUAUAAAGACUUACAAUAGCAAUGGAUAACACAAUUGAUAACGUUCAAUUUGAAGACAAGCUACCAGAUCGUUAUGCCUGCCCUCUUUGUAAACAUGUACUGAAAGAUCCAUUGCAAACUGCAUGUGGCCACAGAUUUUGUUCAAGAUGCUUUAAAGCUUCUGUAAGUUUGGAAGGACUGUGUCCACUGGAUGGAGAGAAUGUGAAUCCAUCCUUUCAAGACAUCUCAUGUCAAAGGGAAAUAAACCAGUUAAUCUGUUUCUGCAACAAUCAUGAUAUUGGCUGCAAGUGGAAGGGAAAGCUACAGAAUCUCUUGGAACACCUAACCAAGUGUGAUUUUAGGAAAGUUCAUUGUCCAAACCCAGGCUGUAACAUCCAAUUACUAGCACAAGACCUACAGGAGCACAUAGAAAAGACCUGCUUACACAAGAAGAUACCUUGUCAGUGGUGUAAAGUGCUAAUAACUCAAGCAGAACAAAAGGACCAUGAGAAGACCUGCACAAAGUUCCCACUGUCAUGUCCUGAAGGGUGUGGUGAAGUGAAUAUACCCCGUGAGUUAAUGGAUGAUCAUAUCCAGAAUCACUGUCCUUUAGCCCAGAUAGUUUGUCCAUACAGUAUUUCUGGAUGUUCUUUUAAGGGCCCUAGAAACAUCGUCCAAGAACAUUGUUCAGAACAGACAAAAGAACACUUGGACCUUACGGUCAGAACUUUAACUCGAUUCAAGAAAAAACUAUCUGAAAUGGAUCAAACAAUUAUCACUUUAAGAACGGAUAAGGUUAGUCUACAGACACAGCUUGACGAUCAAAGGGAAGCACUUGCUGUUGCCGUGCGCGACAUGCGUGUUCUUCUUACUAAAGUUGAUCAUAUUGAACGGACCUUAUCCGAUCAGAAGAACAACUUGAGUGGAAUUCAGCAGAAGCUCGGCAGUUUAUCUAAUUUACCGUCCAUAGAACAGGUGUCGGCUCAGCUGGAGGAAUUUAGACUGGCAAUCCGAGAACAUGAAACUCAAAUUGCAAGCUUAAAACGUGAAGCAACGCGGGCUAUGAAUAAUAGGGCGACGGCAGUGGUGGAGCACAGUACUGCAGGGUCCAGUUCAGCGCGGCUCGAUAGACACGAGCAUCAGUUAGCAUUGCAUGAUAUCAACCUCGCCGAACAAGAUAUUAAAAUUCAAAUGCUUGAAGCCACAUCCUAUGAAGGAAUGUAUAUAUGGAAAAUUGAUGCCUGGCCAAAAAGACUUCAGGAGGCUAAGAACGGUAGGACGCCAUCCAUAUACAGUCCUCCGUUUUAUGUAGGUCGGUUUGGAUACAAAGUUUGUGCGAGAGCCUAUCCGAACGGUGAUGGAAUCGGUAAAGACGAAUACAUGUCUCUGUUUUUUGUAGUUAUGAGAGGUGAAUACGACGCUUUAUUACCUUGGCCAUUUCAUCAUAAAGUGACCUUCAGACUGUUGGAUCAGGGGGGAUCAGCGGAUGUUACGGAUUCUUUUCGUCCUGAUCCUAACAGCUCCAGUUUCAAGAAACCCACAUCAGAUAUGAACAUCGCGUCGGGAUGCCCGACCUUCAUAGCACAUCGCACCUUACGGACCCGGGGAUACGCUCGGGAUAAUACGUUAUUUAUAAAGAUAACAGUAGAUACGGGAGGUCAAGUUUGCUGAAGCCUGGUUUUCACUUCAGUCUCCGUGUUUUCUCAAAAUAUGUUUGGAUGAUCAUGAUAUCACAAGCGACCUAUCACUCGAAAGAGCUUGUGCUUAAGGAGCAAACGACCGGAAAAAUGUCAGGGAACCUCGAACCUCCUUCAAGAAAGAUAGCUGCAUCUUUUCAUCUUGUACAACUUGAGUUUGCUACCCUUCAUUAAGACAUAACAAACAAGACGAGACAGCCAAAGUUCAAAACGACAGCUGAUGGAAACAUUACUCCAUACAGGAUGACGUGCACCUACAAUAACGUGUGUGUGUGUGUGUGUGUGUGUGUGUGUGUGUGUGUGUGCGUGCGUGCGUGUGUGUGGGGACUUACGCGUUAAGUUGUUGUCAAUACCAACAAAACGGAAAAGCGAAACUUUCUUUAAUAAAUACCGCUAUAUAUUUCUUUGGUGCCCGCUUUUAUUCUAAUAUCAUUUGAGAGUUCAUUCCAUUUCUUGGCUGCAAAAUAUCUCCAUGACUUGAGUCCAUAUUUGGUAGUGUUAACUUUAGGUAAAGAUAAAACGUAUUCUUGGCACCUGAGAUUGUACUUAAAUGAGCGUAAGUUAAUAAGAUUCUUAAUUGCCCGUGGUGCUUUGUUCGAUAUCCUGUUAUGUAUUGUCAGUAACAUGUCUUUAAUUCUUCGAGAUUCCAUGGAGGGUAGUCUUAUACUAUCCAAGAGAUGCUGAUAAAAUGCAUGUUUAUCAUUAUAGACAUAUCUCAACGUUCUUUCAUUGACUUUUUCGAGUUAUGCAGUGUUUCUUUUUCCGCAAUGGUGCCAAACUUGGUUGCAGUAAUAAAAAUUCGGUAGUAUGAACGAACGAUAUAACAUUCCUUGGUUUUAAGUGGUAAAAUAUUUUUCAGUCUAUUAAGCGCCUUUAUUUCAGCACUCACUUUGCAGCAAAUACUCGAAACUUGAUCAUCGAAUUUAAGCUUACUACCGCGUACAACUCCCAAGAGGUUAGUCUUUUCUGCGGUUCUGAUAACAAUUUUACCCGAUUGAAGGAGUAGCUUAUCUUCUGUUCUGCCAAGUACCAUAGCCUGCUACUUUUCCGGAUUUGUUCUCAUGCCAUUUUGAAUAAACCAUGUAGUUGCG